AUGAAGAACUUGGAAGAAGACCAGAUGAAGAAUUUGGAAGUAGACCAGGUGAAGAACGUGGAAGAAGACCAGGUGAAGAACUUGGAAGAAGACCAGGUGAAGAACUUGGAAGAAGACAAGGUGAAGAACUUGGAAGAAGACAAGGUGAAGAACUUGGUAGAAGACCAGGUGAAGAACUUGGUAGAAGACCAGGUGAAGAACUUGGUGGAAGACCAGGUGAAGAACUUGGUGGAAUACCAGGUGAAGAACUUGGUGGAAGACCAGGUGAAGAACUUGGUGGAAGACCAGGUGAAGAACUUGGUGGAAGACCAGGUGAAGAACUUGAAAGAAAACCAAGUGAAGAACUUGGUAGAAGACCAGGUGAAGAACUUGGUAGAAGACCAGGUGAAGAACUUGGAAGAAGACCAGGUGAAGAACUUGGAAAAAGACCAGGUGAAGAACUUGGAAGAAGACCAGGUGAAGAACGUGGAAGAAGACCAGGUGAAGUACGUAGAAGAAGACUAG